UCCACUGGGCAGGCAAUUAGAACAGACUUGCCAUGAAUCGCUGGUUGAAUCGCGUUGCCGUCGUCACAGGCGCUAGUGCUGGAAUCGGAGAAGCCUGCUGCCGGGAUCUGGUGGCCAAGGGAAUGGUAGUGGUGGGCCUGGCCCGCCGGGAGAAGGUUCUCCAAGACAUCAAAUCCUCCCUGCCCGCCGACCAGGCUGCCCGGUUCCACACCCGCCCCUGUGAUGUCAGCAACGAGCAGCAGGUCAAGGAGACCUUCGCUUGGAUCGACCGGACUUUGGGUGGUGCCGAUGUGCUUAUCAACAAUGCCGGGAUAGUGCGGAAGAUCAACCUCACGGAUGAGGGGAACUCGGACGAUGUGCGGGCCAUUCUGGACGUCAAUGUGCUGGGAGUGACCUGGUGCACCCGCCAGAUGUUCCAAUCGCUGCAGCGCCGCAAGGUGAACGAUGGCCAUGUGGUGAUCAUCAACAGCGUGGUGGGUCACAUAGUGCCCGCAGUGGAGGACUUCAGCCUGAACAUGUAUGCGCCCUCCAAGCAUGCCAUCACCGCGCUAACCGAGAUCCUGCGACAGGAGUUCAACAAGAAGGGCACCAAGACCAAGAUUACGAGCGUCAGCCCCGGCGUUGUGGACACGGAAAUCUUCGAAGCGGGCUCUUGGGAUCAGCCCAGUGGCAUGCCCAUGCUGCGAUCCGCGGAUAUAGCCGAUGCAGUGACCUAUUGCAUCCAAACGCCCCCGAAUGUCCAGAUACAUGAGCUCAUUAUCAAGCCUGUUGGUGAGGCCUUUUGAAGUGACCACUCCGAUAAGAAGGCCAAGUGUCCACUUCAAACUGAACAAAUAAACAAAUUUAAUUAGUUGCAAAAGUUGACAGACUAAAAAUAAAACUGCUGACUAAUGACAAUAAUAAA